AUGGCUGACACAGCGCAAGUGCCGGUCGAGAAGGAGGUGGGCUCAACGACGGGCGCCGCCGCGAACCCGAACGGCGUUCACCAUCGUGCCGUCCACGAUCCUCGCAACCCAAUGGCCAACAUUCACGCCGAUGACCAGGGCCGUCUCCCGGCCUUCGGUGGUGAGUUCCAGCCCGGUCUCUGGCGCUCGGUCGAACACCGCAAGUUUGCCAACCCGGCGCCCCUCGGUCUCUCCGCUUUCGCCCUCACCACCUUCGUGCUCUCGGCCGUCAACCUUGGCGCUCGUGGUGUGACGGCCCCUAACAUCGCCGUGCCCCUGGCUUUGGGCUACGGUGGACUUGUCCAACUCCUCGCGGGCAUGUGGGAAAUGGCUGUGGGCAACACCUUUGGUGCUACCGCGCUGUCCUCGUACGGUGGAUUCUGGAUUGCCUAUGGUAUCCUGCUGACGCCCGCGUGGAACAUCCUCGGCGAAGGUGGCCCUUACGCAGCUGCGGCGGAGGUCGACCCAAAGAUGGGUAACUCGGCGGUCGGCUUCUUCCUGACUGGCUGGUUCAUUUUCACCACCAUCCUGCUGCUCUGCACUCUGCGCUCGACCAUCAUGUUCUUCCUUCUCUUCUUCACCCUCGACCUGGCCUUCCUCAUGCUCGCCUGCGGUGAAUACGCCACCAACAACGGCGCUGCCGACGCUGCUAAGAAGCUCACACAAGCUGGUGGUGGCUUUGGCAUGCUCGCUGCCUUCCUCGCCUGGUACAAUGCCUUUGCUGGUAUUGCCGAUAGCAGCAACUCCUUCUUCCUCAUCCCCGUCUUCCACUUCCCGUGGUCCGAGAAGGGACGUGAGGCUCGUCUUGCCAAGACUGCCAGCCGCACCAGUGCUUAA